AUGAUUCUACCAUGUGUCAUCGCUACUAUAGCUUUUGGAAUGGGCAUUAAUAAAGCUGACAUUCGAAGAGUCAUUCAUUAUGGUGCUCCUAAAGAAAUGGAAUCAUAUUAUCAGGAAAUUGGUAGAGCUGGCCGUGAUGGACUUCAAAGUUCUUGUCAUGUACUCUGGGCUCCAGCAGACUUUAACUUAAAUAGGAACUGCCUUACCGAGAUACGUAAUGAAAAGUUUCGAUUAUACAAAUUAAAGAUGAUGGCAAAAAUGGAAAAGUAUCUUCAUUCCAGGAGAUGUAGGCGACAAAUCAUCUUGUCUCAUUUUGAAGACAAACAACUAAGAAAGGCCUCCAUGGGUAUUAUGGGAACUGAAAAAUGCUGUGAUAAUUGCAGAUUCAGAUUGAAUCAUUGUGAUUCUAAUAAUGACUCAGAUGAUACAUCACAGGACUUUGGUCCACAAGCAUUCCAGUUGUUAUCUGCUGUGGGCAUCUUAGAGGAAAAGUUUGGAAUUGGGGUUCCAAUUUUAUUUCUCCGAGGAUCUAGUUCUCAGCGUAUUGCAAAUAAAUAUCGUAGUCACAGUUUUUUUGGCACUGGUAAGGAUCAAACAGAGAAUUGGUGGAAGGCCUUAUCCCGUCACCUCAUAACUGAAGGAUUCUUGGUAGAAGUUCCUGGGCAUAACAAAUUUGCAAAGAUUUGCACCCUUACAAAAAAGGGUAGAAAUUGGCUUGAUAGAUCCAAUGCAGAAUCUCCUCAGAGUCUUAUGCUUCAAGCUGAUGAAGAGUUGUGUCCAAGGAAGUUUCUUCAGCCAAGUUCUAAAACUGUAUCUUCAGGCACCGAACCGCAUUCUUCUAAUCAAAUACCAAUUGAAUUAACUGCAGAGAAGCAGUCUAACUUGGAGAGGAGGUGUUCUUCCAAAGCACUUGCUAACAUUUCUUCUGGGAGUAACAUUCCUAAAAAAAGUAUCAUGGUGCAUUCAUCAGAAAAAUCUUACAGUUUCUCAGAUCCUGUUCUUUUGGCCCAAGAGCAAGAGACUCAGAUUAUGUUAUAUCGCAAAUUGGUAGAAGCUAGACAGAGACAUGCCAAUAUAAUGGAUGUUCCUCCAGCUAUUUUGGCAACAAAUAAAAUAUUGUUGGAUAUGGCCAAAAUGAGACCAACGACAGUUGAAAAUGUAAAACAGAUCGAUGGUGUUUCUGAAGGCAAAGCUACUGUGUUAGCUCCUCUGUUGGAAGUCAUCAAACAGUUCUGCAUAGAAAAUAGUAUUCAGACAGACCUCUUUUCAAAUAUAAUACCUCAAGAAGAACAAAAGAAAAGUCUGGAAGUUAAAAAUGAAAAAUGCUCACUCUCGCAGUCUGUGGCCUGCACAUAUUCUUUAUUCCAAGAAAAGAAAAUGUCUUUGAUUAGCAUAGCUGAGAAGAGGAUUCUGCCUCUCACAGCAAUUGGCAUGCACUUAGCCCAAGCAGUGAAAGCUGGCUACCCACUGGAUAUGGAGAGAGCAGGCCUGACUCCAGAGGUUCAGAAGAUUAUUGUUGAUGUUAUCCGAAACCCUCCCGUCAACUCAGAUAUGAAUAAAAUUAAACUAAUUAGAAUGUUAGUUCCAGAAAACAUCGACACAUAUCUUAUCCACAUGGCAAUUGAGAUCCUUGAAAAUAAUCAUGACAGCAGACCGUUAUUCCAGCCUUCGUGUGAUUCCAACAAAAAGAGAUGUUUUCCCAACUCUGAAGAGAUCUGUUUGAGUUCUAAGAGAAACAAGGAAGAAGUUGUUGGAAUGCAUUCUGACAAUUUUUCAAUGAAAGAUAGAGAUCACAGACAUCCAAUAAAACCAACUUCCUGGAGUCAGCCAUCCAACUAUCCGGAAAAAGAAGAUUUAUUUUUAGAUUCUCAUUCACAGCCUGCAUCAUCAGAAGCCUCAAAAAGAAAAUUACCUGAAUGGUUUGCCAAAAGAAGUGAAACAUCAUCUGCCACCAGCAACAAAUCAAUGACCAAAACAAUAAAGAAAGGUCUUUUUAGUUAAGUUGGCAAUUACUAGAAUGACCUUGUGUGUCUUACUGUUUUAUAAGAGGAGAGAGCUAUAUUUUAUUUUUGAAAAGGGUUAGGAGUAAUAGUUUAGCUAAAAAAUUAUUCUAAUCCCAAAGUAAAACUCACCUGUAUAUUGAAGGACUGGCAUCUUAAAUUUUCACAGUUCAGAUAAAGUAUUUCAGUCUUCUCUCAAUCUAAGUGAAUAUAUCAUAAAAUAGAAUAUUAAAUUUUCUUUCAGAUUGAUUUUGGA